AUGCAAGAGACACUGACUAUAAUGAGAUCUACUCUUGUGCGUACACUAUGGUUCCUGUCAUGGACUCUGCUAGUGGCUAGGCAAUGUAUGGGGAUGGCUGAAGUGCUCUCAAAAGAAGCUGAAGAUUACGAGAUGUAUGAGAAUAGCACCACACCAGGAAACAACAGCACCACAUCACCGCCCCCUACUCCCGAUCCGGUACUCAGUGCAGAAGCUAUUGCCAACAUCACAGUAACUGGAGCCGUCAUUAUAUUCCUAGUUGUUGGCAUCACCAUCCUAUUCUGCACUGUUGACAAAUGUGAGCACCAGUUACGAGUGAAAACUGCCCUCGAGAGGAACAAACAGAUCGACAGACAAAUGGCGGCUGAGAAACGAUUAAAGGAAAUCCGAGCUGAAGAAUUUCGACAGAAACAAGCUCAAGAGGCGGCGACGAAUGUGCUACAAGUACAAGUCACCCUAUCAGAAGACGGUACGGUACGUUAUGAAGAGCCCCGACAAGAAGAAUCUGUACAAUUACAAGUUGUUGAUGUCGACAUCAAAGAGACUGUUGUUCCUACCCAGCACUUAAAUGGAGCUAACCUUGAGGAAUCUAGCAAUGAAGCUACUAAAGUGGCCAUUAUUGAAGAAGUAGAAGAAAAGGAUAAACAGCUAGUGAAUGUGUCAUUAGACUCUUACUCCCCGUUACCAGGGGAACUUGAACACCCACCUGUAGUAACUGUGAAGCCUGUUACGAAUAGCUAGUCUGUUUGUGUGUGCAUGUUGUUUUUAUAUUAUAGUCAGGUUUUUCAAUUUAACUUUUAUAAUAAAUUUUGACAAAAUUAUGUGAUAAUUAUACUGUA